GAGGGCCAGGGUGAAGUGCCGGGGGCAGUGGGACAUGGAAGAGCCUUCUCCAUCAUUACCUCCACCCUGGGCCAUGGGGAACCAUUGGCGGCCCAGCUCCGGCUUCGUCCUGCUUGUCCUCGGGCUCCUGGCGACGGACAUCUCGGCCACCCCAGAGCCGCAGUACAUGGUGCUGGUCUCCUCCCUGCUCCACACAGAAAGCCCAGAGAAAGCCUGCAUCCUGCUGAGACACUUGAAUGAGACGGUGGUACUGAAUGCCGUCCUGGAGUACGGGACGGAGAAUAGGAGCCUCCUGGCCGACCUGGUGGCUGACAAGGACACAUUCCACUGUAGCCCCUUCACGCUCCCGAGUUUGCCAGUGCCGGAGACCGUGGCCUUUCUCAGCGUGUGGGUGAGAGGACCCACCCAGGAGUUCAGGAAGCGGAAGACGGUGCUGGUGAAGAAUGCACAGAGCCUGGUCUUCGUGCAGACAGACAAACCCAUCUACAAGCCGGGACAGACAGUGAGGUUCCGAGUGGUGUCUGUUGACGAGGACUUCCACCCCCUGAAUGAGACGGUGCCUGUGCUGUACAUUGAGGACCCCAAGAGGAACCGCAUUGCACAGUGGCGAGACGUGCAGCUACAGGGCGGCUUUGACCAGUUCUCCUUCCCCCUCUCGUCGGAGCCCUCCCAGGGCCAGUACAAGGUGGUGGUGCAGAAGGAGUCGGGGGACAAGAAGGAGCACCCCUUCUCUGUGGAGGAGUUUGUGCUGCCCAAGUUUGAGGUGCUGGUGAAGAUGCCUAAGAAAAUCACCAUCCUGGACGAAGAGCUGGCAGUGUCCGUCUGCGGCAUAUACACCUAUGGGAAGCCUGUCCCGGGCACAGUGACUUUGAGGGUCUGCCGGCGGUUCUCUCGAGUACAAAACCGCUGCUACGGCAAAGAGUCGGAGGCCGUCUGUGAGGAGUUCAGCCAACAGGCAGACAGCCAGGGCUGCAUCUCUCCAGUGUUAAAGACAAAGUUAUUCCAGCUCAAGCAGCAAGGAUUUCUGAUGAACAUCGAAGCCGAAGCCAUGAUCAGAGAGGAGGGAACGGGGCUGGAGUUGCUCGGAGGAACCAGUUGCGAGGUCACCAAAACCCUGAGCAAGAUCACCUUUGAGAAGGUGGAUUCGCACUUCCGUCGGGGGCUCCCUUUCUUCGGGCAGGUGCGCCUGGUGGAUGGAAAGGAUGCCCCCAUCCCAAAUGCGCUGGUCCAGGUCUCUGUGGAUACGAACCGCCACCUCUCCAAUCACAGCACCGAUGAACAGGGCCUCGUGCAGUUUUCCAUCGACACCUCCAACUUCACGACUGCCCCCAUUUCGGUCAGGGUCAGUUACAAGGAGUCUCCUAACUGUUUUGACUACCUCUGGCUCUCGGGAAUCCAUGAGAGUGCAACGCACAUGGCCAAGCACAUCUACUCUGCCAGCCAGAGCUACAUUCGCCUGGAGCCCAUUUCUGACACCCUGGCCUGCGGACACCUGCGGGACAUCCGUGUCCACUACAUCCUGAAUGGGCAGGCACUGGGGGAGCUGAAGGAACUGCUCUUCUACUAUGUGGUCACGGCAAAGGGCGGCAUUGUGAAAACGGGAACACACACCCUGCCUUUGGAGUCUGCAGAGGGGAAAGGGUCCUUCUCUGUGAGUCUCCUAGUGGGACCAGACAUGGCUCCCGUGACGCGCUUUCUCGUCUACUCCAUCUUGCCUGAUGGGGAACUAGUGGCCGAUUCAGAGAAAUUCAACAUUGAAAAUUGUUUUUCCAACAAGGUGGAGCUGCAGUUCUCCUUAGCUGAGGCCCUCCCGGGCUCGGAAACCCAGCUGAAGAUCACAGCCUCACCCCAGUCCCUCUGCGCCCUCCGCGGCCUGGACCAGAGCGUCCUGCUCCUCAAGGCCGAGGCUGAGCUCUCCCCCAGUUCGGUGUAUGAUUUGCUACCUGUAAAGGACUUAGAGAGGUGGCCUCAGAGUGUGGAGAACUCAGACGAGGGCCGCGGAGACUGCGUGGAGUUAAGUACUGUCGUCAUCAACGGGGUCACCUACAUGCCAUUGGAUUCUCCAGAUGAAGAGGAUGCUUACAGCUUCCUCAAGGCCAUGGGCUUACAAGUGCUCAGCAACUGGAAGAUCCAGAAGCCCCAUUACUGCAGGAAACAGAUGAACUUCUAUGGUCAUCAACAACCAAUGGUCAUGGCCUACAGAAAGGGUUCGGAAGGUAUGGUUGCCAUGGGAGGGAUAUCUCCCAGGUUCGAUAUGAUUGAGGAAAGAGUUGAGUUUUCGUCAGUGAUCGAGACAGUGAGGAAGUAUUUCCCUGAAACCUGGAUCUGGGAGUUGGUGCAAGUGGGUGCCCAGGGCCAGGCCGAAGUGGAACUGUCCGUCCCCGACACCAUCACCGACUGGAAGGUCGGGGCUUUCUGCCUGUCGGCAACCACAGGGCUCGGCCUCGCCCCCACCGUCUCAUUCCGCACCUUCCAGACCUUUUUCCUGGAGCUCACGUUGCCCUACUCCGUGGUGCGAGGAGAGGGCUUCCUGCUCAAGGCCACCAUCUUCAGCUACCUCACUAACAGCAUCCGGGUCAGUAUGCAGCUGGAGGACUCUCCAGACUUCCUGGCGGUUCCCACGGAGAAGGGCGCAGGGUCUCACUGUAUCAGUGGGAACGGGCGUCAUACCGUGUCCUGGGUCGUCACUCCCUCAUCCCUGGGUGAGGUGACAUUCUCAGUGAGCGCGGAGGCUCUGCAAUCCCCGGAGCUGUGUGGGAACAAGGUAGCUGAAGUCCCUGAGGCCGGACGGAAGGACACAGUCAUCCGGACCCUCCUGGUCGAGCCUGAGGGGAUCGAGAAGGAGGAGACGUUCAGCUCCCUGCUGUGUGCCACAGGGGCCGAUGUGUCGGAGCAGAUCUCCCUGCAGCUGCUUCCAAAUACAGUGGCAGGGUCAGCCCGGGCAUCCUUCUCCGUCCUCGGGGACAUCCUGGGCUCCGCCCUGCAGAACCUGCAGAAUCUUCUUCAGAUGCCCUACGGCUGUGGAGAGCAGAACAUGGUCCUGUUUGCCCCCAACAUCUACGUCCUCAACUACCUGAACGAAACCCAGCAGCUGACCCCGUCCCUCCGGGCCCAGGCCAUCAGCUACCUCAGCAGUGGUUACCAGAAACAGCUGAAUUACAAGCACCAGGACGGCUCCUACAGUACCUUUGGGGAGCGCUAUGGCAGCAGUCAGGGCAACACCUGGCUGACAGCCUUCGUGCUCAAGGUCCUGGCCCAGGCUCGGGCACACAUCUUCGUGGAUGAGGAACACAUCACCAGUGCCCUCCUCUGGCUUUCCCGGAAGCAGAAAGACAAUGGCUGUUUCCUGAGCUCUGGGUCCCUCCUGAACAACGCCAUCAAGGGUGGGGUGGAGGAUGAAGUGACCCUCUCCGCUUACAUCACCACCGCCCUCCUGGAGAUGCCCCUCCCAGCCACGCAUCCCGUGGUCCGCAACGCCCUGUUCUGCCUGGAGACGGCCUGGAAGGCCAUGGCCGGGAGACCAGAGACCCACGUUUACACCAAGGCCCUGCUGGCCUACACCUUUGCCCUGGCGGGGCAUGAGAUGCAGCGGAGGGAGGUGCUGCAGGCGCUGGAUCAGGAUGCCGUGAGGGAAGAUGGCUCCGUCCACUGGCAGCGGUCCGGGCAAGCCCCAAGUUCCACCCAGAUGCAGGGCCAGGGCCGAGCCCCCUCUGCCGAAGUGGAGAUGACGGCUUACGUGCUCCUUGCUCGCCUCACGGCCCAGCCCGCCCCAUCCCCAGAGGAUCUGUCCGCGGCGGCGCUCAUCAUCCAGUGGAUUGCUAAGCAGCAGAAUGCCCACGGGGGUUUCUCCUCCACCCAGGACACAGUGGUCGCACUCCACGCGUUGGCCCGGUAUGGUGCCGCCACCUUCACCCGUGAGGGGAAGGCAGCAGUGACCAUCCGGUCCAAGGGGACCUUCUCCGAAGAGUUCCACGUGGAGGACGACAACCGCCUGUUGGUGCAGCAGGUGGCCCUGGCCGAGGUGCCCGGGGAGUACAGCGUGACCGUGACCGGAUCUGGCUGUGUUUAUGUGCAGACUUCCCUGAGAUACAACCUCCCCCUGGAGAAGGCUGAAGCCCCAUUUUCCCUGCGGGUGCAGACCUUCCCCAAGAGCUGUGAGGUGGUCGGUGUUCCCAGGGUCUUCCAGAUUCUCAUCAAUGUGAGUUACAUGGGCCACCGCCCGGCCUCCAACAUGGUCAUUGUGGAUGUGAAGAUGGUGUCAGGAUUCAUCCCCGUGAAGUCAUCAGUGAGAAAGCUCCAAGACCACCCCCAGAUCCCACGGACCGACCUGAGCACCAACCACGUCCUGAUUUACCUGGAGAAGGUAACCAACGAGACGCUGAGCUUCUCCUUCUCCGUGGAGCAAGACAUCCCGGUCCAGAACCUGCAGCCAGCCUCUGUGCGAGUGUAUGACUACUACGAGACAGAUGAGUUCACCGUUGAGGAAUACAGCGCCCCCUGCAGCCAAGAGUCCAAGACGGGGAAUGUGUGAGGAACGGAGAGGCGUGUAGGAUUGGACGGAUUGGCUCGGCUGCUCCCCCAACCCGGGGCCUCGCCAGCAGUGAUCACCUGCGAAACAGGCCAGGAAUGUAGGAGGGGAAUUGUGGUGAAUAAACUUAUGACCCUCACUCAGAA